AUGUGGAUAUAUAAUUCAGUUCCAACUUGUAAACCAAACUGGAUCAAGUCGAAUCAACAUAACCCGACCCGGGCCCCGAACCCGUCUUCGACAAUCCAAAGUUGCUUGGCAGGCAUAGGCCACCUCCAAAUACGACCAAAACAGACGUGUCCCCAAAGAAGCCCCUCUGCGCUGCAUGCAACCUUUGCAUGCUAUUCUCUGCAACACGUGACCCCCCCCCCACCCCACCCCACCCCCCCCCCCCCCCCCCCCCCCUUACAACAGCAGACCAGGGCGCCUCACCUGCAGCUGCAGCCGCGCGCCCAGCGGGUAGUGAAGGCGGCCACCGCCGUGACAGCCGGAGGCUCGCUUCUCGUCCUCUCUGGCCUCACUUUAGCCGGGACUGUUAUUGCGCUCACCAUCGCCACUCCGCUGCUUGUGAUCUUUAGCCCCGUUCUGGUGCCGGCGGUCAUAACCAUUUUCUUGCUGGGUGCGGGUUUUCUGGCAUCCGGAGGCUUCGGCGUGGCGGCGCUGAGUGUGCUGUCGUGGAUUUACAGAUAUCUGACGGGGAAACACCCGCCGGGGGCGGAUCAGCUGGAAUCGGCAAAGACGAAGCUGGCGAGCAAGGCGCGAGAGAUGAAGGAUAGGGCAGAGCAGUUCUCGCAGCAGCCUGUUGCGGGGUCUCAAACUUCUUGAGCUCUGUUUCUGUUGUAUGAAAAUCUUAAACUGUGUGGCCCUUCGCUAGUUGGUUUGAUGUCUGGUUCAGAGUGCUGAUUAUUUGGCGACAUUCGGAGGGCGUUGGAGAUGAUAAGCUUUCAAUUUGUUUUUCGAAGUUAAUAUUUGUUCUUGAUUUUGAUGUCUUUGGUAUAUAUGGUCUUUUAGUACAUUAUGUUAUCAAUAAACAAGUCAUUUUCAAA